AUGGAGCCGCAGGAGGCUGCCGGGGCUACGGGCGGCGGCGGCGCGGGGCUGCUGGAGCUGCCGCGGCGCGGGACGGGUGAGGCGGGCGUGGUGGCGGCCGAGCUGGAGGCGCGGCGCAGCGGCGAGACGCGGCGGCUGGUGCUGUCGCGGCGGCUGUCGGGCCCGCUGCCCCCGGGGCUGGCGCGCUGGUUCCCGGCGCUGGAGGUGCUGGACGUGAGCGGCACCGGGCUGGCAGCGCUGGGGGCCGAGCUGCUGGAGCUGCCGCGGCUCCGCACCCUGCUGGCCAAGAACAACCGGCUGGGCGGGCCCGGCGCGCUGCCCAAGGGGCUGGGGCAGGCCCCGCUCGCCCGCUCCCUGCGCGUCCUCAACCUCAGCGGCAACCGCUUCGCCGAGCUGCCCGCCGCGCUGCUGGGCCUGCGGGGGCUGCAGAGCCUCAGCCUGGGCGGCAACCGGCUGCACAGCAUCCCGCCCGAGAUCCAGUCCCUCAGCAGUUUAGAGUUUUUGUACCUUGGAGGGAAUUUCAUUACUUCUAUCCCACCUGAGUUAGCAAACCUGCCUUCUCUAAGUUACCUAGUGCUGUCUGACAACAAGAUCCAGAGUAUUCCUCCUCAGCUGGCACAGUUGCAUUCCCUACGUUCCCUUAGCCUUCACAACAACCUGCUGACAUACCUCCCCCGGGAGAUCCUCAACUUGGUUCACCUGGAAGAGCUGAGUUUGCGAGGGAACCCACUGGUUGUUCGCUUUGUCCGUGAUCUGACUUACAAUCCCCCAAGUCUCCUGGAACUAGCUGGACGCACCAUGAAAACCCGCAACAUUCCCUAUGCUCCCAGUGAUCUCCCAGGGAAUCUUGUCAGAUAUUUGAGCCUGGCCAGCAACUGCCCCAAUCCUAAGUGUGGAGGUGUCUACUUCGACAGCUGUGUCCGACAAAUCAAGUUUGUUGACUUCUGUGGGAAGUACCGCCUGCCGCUGAUGCACUAUCUGUGCUCCCCAGAAUGCUCCUCCCCCUGCAGCUCCGCCUCUCAGAGCUCCACUUCCCAAAGCGAGUCUGACUCAGAGGAUGAAGCCAUUGUUGCUGCACACAGGAUGCAGAAAGUUCUUCUUGGAUAAAGGGGAGUGGUGGACUAGAAGAAAAACAUGUCACUAAAGCAAUAGUGGAAAUGCAGAGCCGGAGGCUCUUUCCUGAGGGGCUCAUUAGAAACAGUCCUGUAAGCGGCAGCACAUCUGAGCAAAUCUAGAAUUGCUUGGUAUGAUGCUGCUUAGAAGAACUAACUCAAUGCCUUGCCUACAUGGGGAUGUUGUGGGGCUAGAGUUAUCACUAAACUACCAUAAAGAUCUGUGGGAGAUCUGUGUAAAGGGGAUCGGGGAGAGCAGACCUGCCAUGUCUGGGUUUUUGAUAGCAUGACACUUCGCUACUGUGAUUGGCUUAGCACCAUAUGAAGCAAAGAAGACUGUUCUUGUUCUGGGGUAUUACACUACGGUAAAUCAGCGAGAAUGUAACUGUGCUAUUCUGGGUGUAUGGACUCCAGUGCUGUAUUUAUCAUGUAUCAUGUUUCAACACUCUGCUCUCUCCCUUGAUUUCCGCUUACAUAUUUACAUACUCCCCCC